AUGAUUUGGGGAGGGAAUACAAUAGGUGAAGAAGAUGAGGACGAGGAAACUAUUCAAGACAACAACAACAAUAAUCACGAAUUAACAGCAUCUAAUCAAAUAUAUCCAGUUAAAAGUCCCCCCAUUGGUUCCAGAUUUAUUGGGAAAGUUGCGAUUAUUACCGAAUCGAAUUGUGCAAUAGACAGGGCAACAGCUAUUUUAUUGGGAAAAGAAGGGGCAAAAGUAACAAUACAUGGAACUGUUGAGAAAGAAUUGAGGGAAACAAUAGUUAAAAUGGUUAGAGCAGGAAUUAGUCAAGAUAAUAUUCUUGUUGUGCAAGGAGUUAUUGAAAAUGAUCAGACCCUAAAAAACCUUGUAGACAAAACUUACAACAAAUUUGGCCGAAUUGAUAUACUGGUAAAAUUAAAAUAA